GAACAGGAAGAGUACCUGACCAGGUGGACCAGGACGACUCGUUAGAAGAACCAUCAUGGCACUCCAAUGGGUGAAGCCGUGGAUCGCUCUGCUCUUCGGACUAUCUGCUGCACAUUCUGAGACUGUUAUGAUUCCAGACAUGACUUCCAUUGGGAGUCUAUAUGAUUCCAAACUGCAAAUCGUAUCAGCAGGAGUGAGUCCCACUCAUAACGGGCAGGUCUGCAGCACAUGGGGUAACUACCACUACAAAACCUACGAUGGAGACCUCUUCCAGCUGCCCUACACCUGUAACUACGUGCUGUCAUCAUUGUGUAAGAGCAGCAGCGGCUACGAGGCCUUUAACAUUCAGCUGCAGCGCGGGGAGGUAGAUGGGCUGCCCACCAUCACCAAGGUUUCUUUGAAGCUGGAUGGAACCUUCGUGGAGCUGGCCAACGGUAACGUCAGCGUCAACGGAUUACAGGUCACCAUACCGUUUGGUCAGUUUAACGUCUUCAUUGAGAGGACCGUUUCCUAUGUGAAGAUCACAGCCAAGCUGGGGUUAGUCAUCAUGUGGAAUGAAGAUGAUUCCCUCUGGGUGGAGCUGGACUCAAAGUUCCAGAAUCAGACAUGUGGGCUGUGUGGAGACUUCAACGGAGUCCAGAACGAGUUCAAUAGGAAUGAUGAUGAUCUGAAGAUAAUCGACUAUGCUGAUAUUUGGAAGAUGAAUGGCCCAACAGAAACCUGUACAGAAAUCCCUGUUCACACUGAGCAGUGUGAAGACCAGACCAAACUUUGUGAAAAGCUUCUCACCAGUCUUGCCUUCAGUAGCUGUAAGGCCCUGAUUGCCACAGACUCCUUCAUCAAGGCCUGUGCAGAAGACAUGUGUCACUGUGGCAACAGCAGCAGCAGUGUCACCUGCGCCUGUCCCACCAUGUCAGAGUACUCCCGCCAGUGUGCUCACGCAGGGGGGAAACCCCAGGAGUGGAAGACCAACCAGUUCUGCUUGGAGACGUGUCCUUUAAGCAUGCAGUACCAGGAGUGUGGUAGUCCCUGCACUGAUACCUGCUCCAACCCAAAGAGGAACCAGCAUUGUGAGGAACACUGCACCGACGGAUGCUUCUGCCCUGCUGGAACCGUGUUUGAUGACAUCACUCAGACUGGCUGUGUAGCUGUGAACCAGUGCUCUUGUCUCCACAACGGACAAUCUUACCAGCCUGGACAAUCAUUCUCAAGAACAUGCCACAAAUGUACCUGUAUCCAAGGCCAGUGGAGUUGUAUGGAUCUAGAUUGCCCUGCUACCUGCUCCAUAGUGGGAGGUUCCCACAUCACCACCUACGAUGGGAAAGCCUACACCUUCCAUGGCGACUGCUCAUAUGUCCUGUCCAAGCAAACCAACAAGACUGCUUUCACAGUCCUGGGUGACAUAGUGAAAUGUGGGAAGACGGACAUUGAGACCUGCCUAAGAUCUGUAACCCUGGUGACUCCAGAGUCCACGAUGAUCGUCAUCGAUGCCAGUGGAAGGGUCUUUGUCAACAAGAUGUUUUCUCAGAUGCCGCUUUUCAUGGCUGAUGUAAGGGUCUUUCAGCCCUCUACGUUCUACAUCGUUGUGCAUACCUCUUAUGGGCUCCGUCUAGAGAUCCAACUAACACCUAUAAUGCAGGUCUACAUCGUAGCUAGCAGUUCACACAAAGAAAAAACCCAGGGUCUUUGUGGAGACUUUAACAGUGUCCGCACUGACGACUUCAGAACCAUCAAUGGACUCGUGGAAGGAACCGCUGUGACGUUCGCCAACACUUGGAAGACCAAAGCAAGCUGUCCUGAUGUGGCACAGAACUUUGAGAUGCCAUGCAGUCUGAGUGUAGAGAACGAGAGAUAUGCCAAGUACUGGUGCUCAAUGCUGUCAGAUAGUAAAGGAAUAUUUUCCCAAUGCCACACUGAGAUCAACCCAAAUUACUACAAGGAAAUCUGUGUAUUUGACAGUUGUAACUGUGAGAGGAGUGAGGAGUGCAUGUGUGCUGCGGUCUCCUCCUACGUCCAUGCAUGUGCUGCUGCAGGCGUCCUGCUCAGUGGAUGGAGAAACACCACCUGUGGGAAGUACUCCUCCAGCUGCCCUGACACGAUGGUCUAUGACUACACCAUGACCAGCUGUGACCGCACCUGUCGUUCACUGAGCCAGACAGACUUCACCUGCCAGUUAGACCAUGUGUCUGUGGACGGCUGUGGCUGUGCCGAGGGAACCUACCUGAACGACCAGGGAGAGUGUGUCCCUGCCUCACGCUGCUCCUGCUACAAUAAGGGCACAGUAGUACCCCCUGGAGAGGUCACCAGGAUCUAUGGGGCUACAUGCUCUUGCAGACAAGGGAAAUUAAGCUGUACUGGAGAACCACAACAUUUAUCCUGUGAAGAACCAAUGGUUUUCUUCAACUGUUCUAGUGCAGGGCCCGGAGCCAAGGGCUCAGAGUGCCAGAAGAGCUGUCAAACACUAGACAGUCACUGUAUCAGUGCAGAGUGUGUGUCAGGCUGUGUAUGUCCUGAUGGUCUGCUUUCUGAUGGAAACGGAGGAUGCAUCAAGGAAGACCUAUGUCCCUGUUCUCACAAUGGAGUCUACUACCAACCUGGACAUGUGCUCAAAGUAGACUGCAAUACCUGCACUUGCGAAGGCAGAAAAUGGCAGUGUACCGAUAAGCAGUGUGAUGGGAUGUGUGCCAUAUAUGGAGAUGGGCAUUUCAUCACUUUUGAUGAGGAAAGGUUCACUUUCAAUGGAGAUUGUGAAUACAUACUUACUCAGGACUACUGCAGCAACAAUCCAAAAGGUACCUUUAGAGUGAUCACAGAGAACAUUCCCUGUGGAACCACCGGCACCACCUGUUCCAAGGCCAUCAAGCUCUUCUUGGGGAGCAAUGAGAUCAUACUAGCAGAUGAAUCUGUAAAAGUGAUCAAACAAGAGAACGGGGUGGACGUACCAUACCAGGUCCACUCUAUCGGUCUCUAUGUUGUUGUUGUUGAGGCUGGAAAUGGCCUGAUCCUCAUGUGGGACAAGAAGAAUAGCCUGUUCAUCAAACUCAGCUCUACCUUCCAGGGCCAAGUGUGUGGUCUGUGUGGUAACUAUGACGGUAAUGGAAAGAACGACUUCACGUCCAGAAACCAGGAAGUGGUUGUUGAAGCUCUGGAGUUUGGGAACAGCUGGAAAGUGUCACCCAGUUGCCCCAACGCUGAUGUCAUAAAAAACCCAUGCACUUUAAGAUCAUACAGGCAGUCCUGGUCUCUGAAACGCUGCAGCAUCAUCACCAGUAACGUUUUCUCAGCCUGCCACUCCCAGGUGGACCCCACGCCAUUCCAUGAUGCCUGUGUGAGGGACUCGUGUGCCUGUGACACUGGUGGAGACUGCGAAUGUUUCUGUACAGCUGUAGCAGCCUACGCCCAGGCCUGUAACGAGGCAGGGGCUUGUAUCAAGUGGAGAACACCAGAUAUCUGCCCUCUGUUCUGUGAUUUCUACAACCCUAUUGGUGAGUGUGAGUGGCAUUAUAAUCCGUGUGGAUACCCCUGUAUGAAGACCUGCAAGAAUCCCUCAGGAACAUGCUCCAGUCAGAUCCCUGCACUGGAAGGUUGCUAUCCAAAAUGUCCUUCGGCCCAGCCUUAUUUGGAAGAAAGUACCAUGAAGUGUGUCAGUAAGAAGGACUGUGGUUGCUACGAUGGAGAUGGAACUCAUUACAACGAGGGAGAGGUUAUACCUUCCAAGGAGAACUGUCAGACAUGUCGUUGCUCAUCAACUGAGGUCAGAUGCAGCUAUGUGGUCCAAGCUUGUAAUUGUUUAUACAACGGCAGAACAUACAAGUAUGGAGCGACCAUAUAUCACACAUCUGACGGUGACGGGACCUGUAUUACUGCCACCUGCAAAGAGAAUGGAACUAUUGUCCGGAUUAUGAACCCCUGUCCCAGCACCCCAACUCCAACAACUACACCAAGUGUUACAACAACACAGAUAUUCACUCAAGCACCAACCACAACAGUAUUUGUUUUCUCAACUCCUACCACUACCCCAACCCAUACCCCUACCCCCACAACAACUCCUACCACUACCCCAACCCAUACCCCUACCCCCACAACAACUCCUACCACUACCCCAACAACAACUUCUACCACUACCCCAACAACAACGCCUACCACUACCGCAAUAACAACCCCUAUUUCACCAACAACCACUUCACCCACUACUACUCCACACUGCCUGACCAAGAUUGUCUGUGAAUGGUCAGACUGGAUUGACAAUCACUAUCCUACUCAAGAAACAGGAGGAGAUUAUGAAACCAUAGAAAAUAUAAAGAAAUAUAGAAAUGAUACUUGUAGCCAACCUAAGGAGGUAGAAUGCAGAGCCAAGGACUUAUUCCUUGUUCCUUUGGACAAACUAGGUCAACAUGUUGAAUGCAAUCCCUCAGUUGGACUGAUAUGCCACAACAAGGAUCAAGGCAUCCCACCAAUAUGCUACAACUACGAGAUCAGAGUUAGAUGUUGUGUUGAUGUUUGUAGCAAUGGGACAACUACCACCUCAGUUAGGCCCACAACAACCAUUACAACAACAACUGCUACCACUACCCCAACAUCAAAACCAACAACUACCCCAACAACUACCACAACUACCCCAACAACAAAACCUUCCACUACCCCAACAACUACCACAACUACUUCAACAACUAAACCUACCACUACCCCAACAACAACCCCUACCACUACCCCAACAACAACCCCUACCUCUACCCCAACCACAACCCCUACCACUGCCCUCACAACAACCCCUAUUUCACCAACAACCACUUCACCCACUACUACUCCACACUGCCUGACCAAGACUGUCUGUGAAUGGUCAGACUGGAUUGACAAUCACUAUCCUACUCAAGAAACAGGAGGAGAUUAUGAAACCAUAGAAAAUAUAAAGAAAUAUAGAAAUGAUACUUGUAGCCAACCUAAGGAGGUAGAAUGCAGAGCCAAGGACUUAUUCCUUGUUCCUUUGGACAAACUAGGUCAACAUGUUGAAUGCAAUCCCUCAGUUGGACUGAUAUGCCACAACAAGGAUCAAGGCAUCCCACCAAUAUGCUACAACUACGAGAUCAGAGUCAGAUGUUGUGUCGAUGUUGUUGAUGUUUGUAGCAAUGGGACAACUACCACCUCAGUUAGGCCCACAACAACCAUUACAACAACAACUGCUACCACUACCCCAACAUCAAAACCAACAACUACCCCAACAACUACCACAACUACCCCAACAACAAAACCUUCCACUACCCCAACAACUACCACAACUACCUCAACAACUAAACCUACCACUACCCCAACAACUACUGCAACUACUACACCUACCACUACCACAACAACAAAACCAACCACUACCCCUGCAACUACUUCAGCUACUUCAACAACAUCUCCUACCACUACCCCAACAUCAAAACCUGCCACUACGCCAACAUCUACUACAACUACUUCAACAACUAAACCUACCACUACCCCAACAUCUACUACAACUACUUCAACAACUAAACCUACCACUAUCCCAACAACUGCUACCACUACCCCAACAUCUAAACCUACCACUACCCUAACAACAAAACCUACAACUACUACAGCUACUUCAACAACAUAUCUUACCAGUAACCCAACAACAAAACCUACCACCACCCCAACAACUAUUACAACUACUUCAACAACAAAACCUACCACUACCCCAACAUCUACUACAACUACUUCAACAACUAAACCUACCACUACCCCAACAUCUACUACAACUACUUCAACAACUAAACCUAGUCUGGACCCCGAGUCUGUGAAUCUAGUUUUGGCCCAGGCAGCAUCUCUGUUGUGUGGACCAGGACGACUCGUUAGAAGAACCAUCAUGGCACUCCAAUGGGUGAAGCCGUGGAUCGCUCUGCUCUUCGGACUAUCUGCAGCACAUUCUGAGACUGUUAUGAUUCCAGACAUGACUUCCAUUGGGAGUCUAUAUGAUUCCAAACUGCAAAUCGUAUCAGCAGGAGUGAGUCCCACUCAUAACGGGCAGGUCUGCAGCACAUGGGGUAACUACCACUACAAAACCUACGAUGGAGACCUCUUCCAGCUGCCCUACACCUGUAACUACGUGCUGUCGUCAUUGUGUAAGAGCAGCAGCGGCUACGAGGCCUUUAACAUUCAGCUGCAGCGCGAGGUAGAUGGGCUGCCCACCAUCACCAAGGUUUCUUUGAAGCUGGAUGGAACCUUCGUGGAGCUGGCCAACGGUAACGUCAGCGUCAACGGAUUACAGGUCACCAUACCGUUUGGUCAGUUUAACGUCUUCAUUGAGAGGACCGUUUCCUAUGUGAAGAUCACAGCCAAGCUGGGGUUAGUCAUCAUGUGGAAUGAAGAUGAUUCCCUCUGGGUGGAGCUGGACUCAAAGUUCCAGAAUCAGACAUGUGGGCUGUGUGGAGACUUCAACGGAGUCCAGAACGAGUUCAAUAGGAAUGAUGAUGAUCUGAAGAUAAUCGACUAUGCUGAUAUUUGGAAGAUGAAUGGCCCAACAGAAACCUGUACAGAAAUCCCUGUUCACACUGAGCAGUGUGAAGACCAGACCAAACUUUGUGAAAAGCUUCUCACCAGUCUUGCCUUCAGUAGCUGUAAGGCCCUGAUUGCCACAGACUCCUUCAUCAAGGCCUGUGCAGAAGACAUGUGUCACUGUGGCAACAGCAGCAGCAGUGUCACCUGCGCCUGUCCCACCAUGUCAGAGUACUCCCGCCAGUGUGCUCACGCAGGGGGGAAACCCCAGGAGUGGAAGACCGACCAGUUCUGCUUGGAGACGUGUCCUGUAAGCAUGCAGUACCAGGAGUGUGGUAGUCCCUGCACUGAUACCUGCUCCAACCCAAAGAGGAACCAGCAUUGUGAGGAACACUGCACCGACGGAUGCUUCUGCCCUGCUGGAACCGUGUUUGAUGACAUCACUCAGACUGGCUGUGUAGCUGUGAACCAGUGCUCUUGUCUCCACAACGGACAAUCUUACCAGCCUGGACAAUCAUUCUCAAGAACAUGCCACAAAUGUACCUGUAUCCAAGGCCAGUGGAGUUGUAUGGAUCUAGAUUGCCCUGCUACCUGCUCCAUAGUGGGAGGUUCCCACAUCACCACCUACGAUGGGAAAGCCUACACCUUCCAUGGCGACUGCUCAUAUGUCCUGUCCAAGCAAACCAACAAGACUGCUUUCACAGUCCUGGGUGACAUAGUGAAAUGUGGGAAGACGGACAUUGAGACCUGCCUAAGAUCUGUAACCCUGGUGACUCCAGAGUCCACGAUGAUCGUCAUCGAUGCCAGUGGAAGGGUCUUUGUCAACAAGAUGUUUUCUCAGAUGCCGCUUUUCAUGGCUGAUGUAAGGGUCUUUCAGCCCUCUACGUUCUACAUCGUUGUGCAUACCUCUUAUGGGCUCCGUCUAGAGAUCCAGCUUACACCUAUAAUGCAGGUCUACAUCGUAGCUAGCAGUUCACACAAAGAAAAAACCCAGGGUCUUUGUGGAGACUUUAACAGUGUCCGCACUGACGACUUCAGAACCAUCAAUGGACUCGUGGAAGGAACCGCUGUGACGUUCGCCAACACUUGGAAGAACAAAGCAAGCUGUCCUGAUGUGGCACAGAACUUUGAGAUGCCAUGCAGUCUGAGUGUAGAGAACGAGAGAUAUGCCAAGUACUGGUGCUCAAUGCUGUCAGAUAGUAAAGGAAUAUUUUCCCAAUGCCACACUGAGAUCAACCCAAAUUACUACAAGGAAAUCUGUGUAUUUGACAGUUGUAACUGUGAGAGGAGUGAGGAGUGCAUGUGUGCUGCGGUCUCCUCCUACGUCCAUGCAUGUGCUGCUGCAGGCGUCCUGCUCAGUGGAUGGAGAAACACCACCUGUGGGAAGUACUCCUCCAGCUGCCCUGACACGAUGGUCUAUGACUACACCAUGACCAGCUGUGACCGCACCUGUCGUUCACUGAGCCAGACAGACUUCACCUGCCAGUUAGACCAUGUGUCUGUGGACGGCUGUGGCUGUGCCGAGGGAACCUACCUGAACGACCAGGGAGAGUGUGUCCCUGCCUCACGCUGCUCCUGCUACAAUAAGGGCACAGUAGUACCCCCUGGAGAGGUCACCAGGAUCUAUGGGGCUACAUGCUCUUGCAGACAAGGGAAAUUAAGCUGUACUGGAGAACCACAACAUUUAUCCUGUGAAGAACCAAUGGUUUUCUUCAACUGUUCUAGUGCAGGGCCCGGAGCCAAGGGCUCAGAGUGCCAGAAGAGCUGUCAAACACUAGACAGUCACUGUAUCAGUGCAGAGUGUGUGUCAGGCUGUGUAUGUCCUGAUGGUCUGCUUUCUGAUGGAAACGGAGGAUGCAUCAAGGAAGACCUAUGUCCCUGUUCUCACAAUGGAGUCUACUACCAACCUGGACAUGUGCUCAAAGUAGACUGCAAUACCUGCACUUGCGAAGGCAGAAAAUGGCAGUGUACCGAUAAGCAGUGUGAUGGGAUGUGUGCCAUAUAUGGAGAUGGGCAUUUCAUCACUUUUGAUGAGGAAAGGUUCACUUUCAAUGGAGAUUGUGAAUACAUACUUACUCAGCAACAAUCAAAAGGUACCUUUAGAGUGAUCACAGAGAACAUUCCCUGUGGAACCACCGGCACCACCUGUUCCAAGGCCAUCAAGCUCUUCUUGGGGAGCAAUGAGAUCAUACUAGCAGAUGAAUCUGUAAAAGUGAUCAAACAAGAGAACGGGGUGGACGUACCAUACCAGGUCCACUCUAUCGGUCUCUAUGUUGUUGUUGAGGCUGGAAAUGGCCUGAUCCUCAUGUGGGACAAGAAGAAUAGCCUGUUCAUCAAACUCAGCUCUACCUUCCAGGGCCAAGUGUGUGGUCUGUGUGGUAACUAUGACGGUAAUGGAAAGAACGACUUCACGUCCAGAAACCAGGAAGUGGUUGUUGAAGCUCUGGAGUUUGGGAACAGCUGGAAAGUGUCACCCAGUUGCCCCAACGCUGAUGUCAUAAAAAACCCAUGCACUUUAAGAUCAUACAGGCAGUCCUGGUCUCUGAAACGCUGCAGCAUCAUCACCAGUAACGUUUUCUCAGCCUGCCACUCCCAGGUGGACCCCACGCCAUUCCAUGAUGCCUGUGUGAGGGACUCGUGUGCCUGUGACACUGGUGGAGACUGCGAAUGUUUCUGUACAGCUGUAGCAGCCUACGCCCAGGCCUGUAACGAGGCAGGGGCUUGUAUCAAGUGGAGAACACCAGAUAUCUGCCCUCUGUUCUGUGAUUUCUACAACCCUAUUGGUGAGUGUGAGUGGCAUUAUAAUCCGUGUGGAUACCCCUGUAUGAAGACCUGCAAGAAUCCAUCAGGAACAUGCUCCAGUCAGAUCCCUGCACUGGAAGGUUGCUAUCCAAAAUGUCCUUCGGCCCAGCCUUAUUUGGAAGAAAGUACCAUGAAGUGUGUCAGUAAGAAGGACUGUGGUUGCUACGAUGGAGAUGGAACUCAUUACAACGAGGGAGAGGUUAUACCUUCCAAGGAGAACUGUCAGACAUGUCGUUGCUCAUCAACUGAGGUCAGAUGCAGCUAUGUGGUCCAAGCUUGUAAUUGUUUAUACAACGGCAGAACAUACAAGUAUGGAGCGACCAUAUAUCAUACAUCUGACGGUGACGGGACCUGUAUUACUGCCACCUGCAAAGAGAAUGGAACUAUUGUCCGGAUUAUGAACCCCUGUCCCAGCACCCCAACUCCAACAACUACACCAAGUGUUACAACAACACAGAUAUUCACUCAAGCACCAACCACAACAGUAUUUGUUUUCUCAACUCCUACCACUACCCCAACCCAUACCCCUACCCCCACAACAACUCCUACCACUACCCCAACCCAUACCCCUACCCCCACAACAACUCCUACCACUACCCCAACAACAACUUCUACCACUACCCCAACAACAACGCCUACCACUACCGCAAUAACAACCCCUAUUUCACCAACAACCACUUCACCCACUACUACUCCACACUGCCUGACCAAGAUUGUCUGUGAAUGGUCAGACUGGAUUGACAAUCACUAUCCUACUCAAGAAACAGGAGGAGAUUAUGAAACCAUAGAAAAUAUAAAGAAAUAUAGAAAUGAUACUUGUAGCCAACCUAAGGAGGUAGAAUGCAGAGCCAAGGACUUAUUCCUUGUUCCUUUGGACAAACUAGGUCAACAUGUUGAAUGCAAUCCCUCAGUUGGACUGAUAUGCCACAACAAGGAUCAAGGCAUCCCACCAAUAUGCUACAACUACGAGAUCAGAGUUAGAUGUUGUGUUGAUGUUUGUAGCAAUGGGACAACUACCACCUCAGUUAGGCCCACAACAACCAUUACAACAACAACUGCUACCACUACCCCAACAUCAAAACCAACAACUACCCCAACAACUACCACAACUACCCCAACAACAAAACCUUCCACUACCCCAACAACUACCACAACUACUUCAACAACUAAACCUACCACUACCCCAACAACAACCCCUACCACUACCCCAACAACAACCCCUACCUCUACCCCAACCACAACCCCUACCACUGCCCUCACAACAACCCCUAUUUCACCAACAACCACUUCACCCACUACUACUCCACACUGCCUGACCAAGACUGUCUGUGAAUGGUCAGACUGGAUUGACAAUCACUAUCCUACUCAAGAAACAGGAGGAGAUUAUGAAACCAUAGAAAAUAUAAAGAAAUAUAGAAAUGAUACUUGUAGCCAACCUAAGGAGGUAGAAUGCAGAGCCAAGGACUUAUUCCUUGUUCCUUUGGACAAACUAGGUCAACAUGUUGAAUGCAAUCCCUCAGUUGGACUGAUAUGCCACAACAAGGAUCAAGGCAUCCCACCAAUAUGCUACAACUACGAGAUCAGAGUCAGAUGUUGUGUCGAUGUUGUUGAUGUUUGUAGCAAUGGGACAACUACCACCUCAGUUAGGCCCACAACAACCAUUACAACAACAACUGCUACCACUACCCCAACAUCAAAACCAACAACUACCCCAACAACUACCACAACUACCCCAACAACAAAACCUUCCACUACCCCAACAACUACCACAACUACCUCAACAACUAAACCUACCACUACCCCAACAACUACUGCAACUACUACACCUACCACUACCACAACAACAAAACCAACCACUACCCCUGCAACUACAUCAGCUACUUCAACAACAUCUCCUACCACUACCCCAACAUCAAAACCUGCCACUACGCCAACAUCUACUACAACUACUUCAACAACUAAACCUACCACUACCCCAACAUCUACUACAACUACUUCAACAACUAAACCUAGCACUAUCCCAACAACUGCUACCACUACCCCAACAUCUAAACCUACCACUACCCUAACAACAAAACCUACAACUACUACAGCUACUUCAACAACAUAUCUUACCAGUAACCCAACAACAAAACCUACCACCACCCCAACAACUAUUACAACUACUUCAACAACAAAACCUACCACUACCCCAACAUCUACUACAACUACUUCAACAACUAAACCUACCACUACCCCAACAUCUACUACAACUACUUCAACAACUAAACCUACUACUUCAACAACAAAACCUACCACUACCCCAACAUCUACUACAACUACUUCAACAACUAAACCUACCACUACCCCAACAUCAAAACCUACCACUACCCCAACUACUUCAACAACUAAACCUACCACUUCCCCAACAACAACUCCUACCAAUACCCCAACAACUGCUACAACUACCCCAACAUCAAAACCUACCACUACACCAACAACUCCCACAACUACUUCAACAACAAAACUUACCACAACCCCAACAACAAAAGCUACAACUACUACAGUUACUUCAACAACUAAACCUACCACUACCCCAACAACAACUACUACAUCUACCCCAACAUCAAAACCUACCACUACGCCAACAUCUACUACAACUACUUCAACAACUAAACCUACCACUUCCCCAACAACAACUCCUACCACUACCCCAAAAACAACUCCUACCACCACCUCAACAACAACUCCUACCACUACCCCAACAUUAAAACAUACCAAUACCCCAACAACUGCUACAACUACCCCAACAUCAAAACCUACCACUACACCAACAACUCCCACAACUACUUCAACAACAAAACUUACCACAACCCCAACAACAAAAGCUACAACUACUACAGUUACUUCAACAACUAAACCUACCACUACCCCAACAACAACUACUACAUCUACCCCAACAUCAAAACCUACCACUACGCCAACAUCUACUUCAAGUACUUCGACAACUAAACCUACCACUUACCCAACAACAACUCCUACCACUACCCCAAAAACAACUCCUACCACCACCUCAACAACAACUCCUACCACUACCCCAACAUCAAAACCUACCACUACCCCAACAACUACUACAACUACCCUAACAACAAAGCCUACUACUAACCCAACAACAACUGCAACUACUUCAACAACUAAACCUGCCACUACCCAACCAAACACUACAGCUUCUUCAACAACUAAACCUACCAUUACCCCAACAACAGCUACUACCACUACUCCAACAUCUACUUCAACUACUUCAACAACUAAACCUACCAGUAACCCAACAUCUACUACAACUACCCCAACAUCAAAACCUGCCACUACCCCAACGUCUACUACAACUACUCCCACAACUAAACCUACCACCUCCCCAACAACAACUCCUACCACUACCCCAACAACUGCUACCACUACCCCAACAUCUAAACCUACCACUACCCUAACAACAAAACCUACAACUACUACAGCUACUUCAACAACAUAUCUUACCAGUAACCCAACAACAAAACCUACCACCACCCCAACAACUAUUACAACUACUUCAACAACAAAACCUACCACUACGCCAACAUCUACUACAACUACUUCAACAACUAAACCUACCACUACCCCAACAUCAAAACCUACCACUACCCCAACAUCUACUACAACUACUUCAACAACUAAACCUACCACUACCCCAACAUCUACUACAACUACUUCAACAACUAAACCUACCACUACCCCAACAUCAAAACCUACCACUACCCCAACAUCUACUACAACUACUUCAACAACUAAACCUACCACUACCCCAACAUCUACUACAACUACUUCAACAACUAAACCUACCACUACCCCAACAUCAAAACCUACCACUACCCCAACAUCUACUACAACUACUUCAACAACAAAACCUACCACUACCCCAACAUCUACUACAACUACUUCAACAACUAAACCUACCACUACGCCAACAUCUACUACAACUACUUCAACAACUAAACCUACCACUACCCCAACAUCAAAACCUACCACUACCCCAACAUCUACUACAACUACUUCAACAACUAAACCUACCACUUCCCCAACAACAACUCCUACCAAUACCCCAACAACUGCUACAACUACCCCAACAUCAAAACCUACCACUACACCAACAACUCCCACAACUACUUCAACAACAAAACUUACCACAACCCCAACAACAAAAGCUACAACUACUACAGUUACUUCAACAACUAAACCUACCACUACCCCAACAACAACUACUACAUCUACCCCAACAUCAAAACCUACCACUACGCCAACAUCUACUACAACUACUUCAACAACUAAACCUACCACUUCCCCAACAACAACUCCUACCACUACCCCAAAAACAACUCCUACCACCACCUCAACAACAACUCCUACCACUACCCCAACAUUAAAACAUACCACUACCCCAACAACUACUACAACUAUUUCAACAACAAAACCUACCACUACCCCAAUGUCUACUACAACUACUUCAACAGCUAAAACUACCACUUCCCAAACAACAACUCCUACCACUACCCCAACAUCAAAACCUACCACUAUCCAAACAACAACUUCAACUACUUCAACAACAAAACUUACCACAACCCCAACAACAAAACCUACAACUACUACAGCUACUUCAACAACAUCUCCUACCAGUACCCCAACAUCAACUCCUACCACUACCCCAACAACUAUUACAACUACUUCAAAAACAAAACCAACCACUAUGCCAACACCUACUACAACUACUUCAACAACUAAACCUACCACUACCCCAACAACAACUACUACAUCUACCCCAACAUCAAAACCUACCACUACCCCAACAUCUACUACAACUACUUCAACAACUAAACCUACCACUUACCCAACAACAACUCCUACC